UUUGAAAGCAACACAGACCACAAUGAUCAAGCUGGUGGUGUUGUGCUCCUUUGCUGCAGUAGCAGUUGCGAAGCCCAGCGUCAUUGCUCCGGUGGGUCUAGCCGGCUGGGCUGGACACUUAGCCGCGCCAUGGGGCUCCCAUAUCGCAACACCUUUAGUUGCUGCUGCUCCAGUACUUGGCGCACAUAAUUAUAGAGGACCUCUUUCAUUAGCCCCAGGGCAACCAGCUAAUAUCUUGGCAGCCGAUGGCAGACCGCUGGAUACUCUCAGUGUAAACCACGAUCGUGCUGUUCAUUUUACGGCAAAAGCUCUGGAACAUGGUGGUGUGCAUCUUUUGAAGAAACGUUCUGCUGUUCUGGCUCCUGCAGUGGCGUGGUCUCACGUCGCCCGAGUCGACUGGCCUGCCGCACGUUUGGUCGCCCAUGCACCUAUUGCUCCACUUGGGCUGGCCGCUCCUGUUGGUCAUUGGGGUUUGGGACACGCUGCACAUUUGACUCAUAUUUGGUAAAUAUUGUACGAAACCUAAAGUAGUCUUUGGAUAUGUACCCACAAAUUUAAAUAAAGAGAGUUACUAAACCA